GUACGUAAAAAGCAGCUGCGUUUUAGAGGAGGACAGUACCUGGAGAGCUCUCUCCCUGCACCCAGCUGAGGGUUGUGGUGACCAGUUUUCCAAAAUUUUUUGUUGCUUUGGAGAUUUAAAGAGCAGCUUUGCUGGCUGGGAGGAAAUCUGCAGUGAUCCCUGUGAGUGCUGCUUUUAAGCUGCGUUAAAUUCGUAGCAAGAGUGUCAGGCAUUUCAUACUUGGCUUCUAAAAAAGAAAAAGAAAAAAAAGAAAAGAAAAAAAAACCCAAGAAACAAGAGAGAGAGAGGGAGAGAGAGAGAAAGCAGACAUAUGUGUGGAAGAAAUCUCCCAGGAAUUUCUUCAAGUUGUAGUCAGACACAGUAAGGGCUAAAGUGACAAGAAAAGCAAGGAGAAGAAAACUUGGUGUUGUUGUAAGAUGUUUGAGUGUAAAGUGGGAGAUUGCAGAACCCUUUUGGGAUUACAUAUGCUCAUCCUUCCCUGGAUAUGACUGAAUACAAGCUAGUUUUUCUCCAGUGACUGUUCAAAAAACCCUCAAGAUUAUGUUUCUCUUCCUUGUUGCCUUUUUGCCACUGGUUAUUAAAAUUGGGUUUGUCAGCCUCUCAGCUCUGCAGCACUGGAACUGUCCUAAUGGAUACAGACUAAAGACUGAAAACUCUGCUUGUAUAGAUAUUGACGAGUGCCUUGAAGGUGGUUUGGGAACCUGUGGCCAAACCUGUAUCAAUAUUCCAGGAUCCUACAUCUGCUCCUGUUUGCCAGGCUACACUUUGGAUGUUGACAAAAGGUCUUGCUAUGUGAAUGACCCUGCACCAUUCCUCCUUUUUAGCCAUGGAAAUGCCAUCUUCAGAAUUGACACUGAAGGGACCAAUCAUGAAAGACUGGUGCCUGAUACUGGUCAGUCCACACUUAUGGAUUUCCAUUAUACAGAAGAUAAAGUAUACUGGGUAGACUCUGAAAGGCGUCUGCUUCAAAGAAUUCACCUGAAUGGCACAAAACAAGAGAGAUUAUGUUACAUAGACAAAGGCAUUUCAGGAUUUGCUGUUGACUGGAUAAAUGAAGACAUUCUCUGGGCCAAUAGACAGAAAGCAACCAUAGAAGCAACUGACCUGAAUGGGAAAAAACGCCGAGUUCUCCUCAGAGAUGUUGGACUUCCCACAAGGAUUACUAUUGAUGCUGAGCAAAGGCUGGUGUUUUGGUCUUCAGAAGGCACAGUUUCCAGCAUCUAUAGGAUGUUCCUCAGUGGGAGUGGUGUGAGAAAUAUUUUAAGAACGACGGAAAAAAUAAAGGCCAUCUCACUAGAUCUGGUUGACACAAGGCUCUACUGGAUCCAACACGACCAUGGGAAGGAGGUUUCCCACAUUGGAUCCUGCAACUACGAUGGAGGAGCUGUUCGUUUGCUCAGAAAUUCUGUUAGACAUCAAUUACUUGGUAUGUCUCUCUUUGCUGAACACCUGUACUAUUCAGAGCUGAAAUCUGGUAUGAUAUGGAGAGCCAACAAGUAUACUGGAAAAGUUGUAGUCACAAUUAGCCUGAAGCCAUCAUUUUUUCCACCAGCAGAGAUUAAAGUGGUGCAUCCCUUUAAACAGCCAGGUGUAAGGAAAGAUUCUCAGGAUUUUGAAAAAUCAAGCUGUGAUGUGCACAGAGAAAAGUGCAGGAGAAGAAUCUGCAGACCAGACUCAAGGACUCAUCGGUGUAAAUGUUCCAGUGGUUUUAUUUUAAGUCGAAAUAAACAGUUUUGUGAAGAUAUCAAUGAAUGUGGCUUCUGGAACCACGGGUGCACUUUGGGCUGUGUGAACAUCCCUGGGUCCUACUACUGCACCUGCCCCAGAGGUUUUGCUCUGCUGCCUGACAGGAAAACUUGUCAUGAGCUAAUUUCCUGUACCAGUAACCACACUGAAUGUAGCCAUGGUUGCCUUCAAACAUCUCAAGGGCCUGUUUGCUUUUGUCCUGAAGGAUCUGUACUCAAAGUGGAUGGCAAAACAUGCACGGGUUGUACAUCUCCAGAUAAUGGUGGCUGCAGUCAGAUAUGUUCUUCUUUAAGCCCCUUUUCCUGGGAGUGUGCUUGUUUUCCUGGAUACAAGCUUCAGCGAGACAGAAAGCACUGCACAGCUAUAGGUCCUAAACCAUUUUUGUUGUUUGCAAAUGGCCAAGAUAUUCGCCAGAUCAGUUUUGAUGGAACAGAUUAUACAAGUUUGCUUGACUGGCAGAUGGGAACAGUCUUAGCACUGGACUCUGACCCAGUGGAAAAUAAGAUUUACUUUGCUCACACUGCCUUGAAAUGGAUAGAAAGAGCUGAUCUGGAUGGCUCAAAUCGUGAAAAAAUUAUUCAUGAAGCUGUGGAGACACCCGAAGGUCUUGCUGUGGACUGGAUUAAUCGUAAAUUAUAUUGGACAGACAGAGGGAAAGGAUGUAUAGAAAGGAGCAGUCUGAAUGGAAUGCAAAGAAAAAUGAUCAUCUGGGAGGAUAUCUCCCAGCCCCGAGGGAUUGCCAUUCACCCAUUUGCUAAGAGAUUAUUUUGGACUGACAUGGGGGUCAAUCCCCGGGUUGGCAGCUCUUCAUUGGAAGGCAUCGAUCGCCAGGUGGUAGCCAGCACUGGUCUGGUGUGGCCCAGUGGAAUAGCUCUUGACUACUUAGCUGACAGAGUGUACUGGUGUGAUGCUAAGCAGUCAGUGGUUGAGAGUGCAAACCUGGAUGGUUCUGGUCGUCGAAUUCUUGCACAGAAUGUAGGCCACCCUUUUCAUGUAGCAGUGUUUGAGGAUCAUCUUUGGUUUUCUGACUGGGCUAGACCAUCACUAAUGAGGGUGGACAAGAAGAGCAGCCAAAACAGGGUACGUCUUCGAGGCAGCAUGCUGAGACCCUCAUCAAUGGUUGUAGUUCAUCCUUUGGCGAAACCAGGGGUAAAUCCAUGUCUUUAUGAGAAUGGAGGCUGUGAUCAGAUCUGUGAAAACAACUUUGGAGUUGUCCAUUGUACGUGUCAUCCAGGAUUUGGGAAAACUCAAGAUCAGAAAACCUGUCAUGCUCUGGAUGCUUCCAACACAACAGCAGGAAAUGUCUCUGUGCACAAGGAGGCAGUGCCAAUGCCAACACCAGAGACCUGGCUGGGGAGCACACAGAGCAGUGGGACAUCCAAGGGUACAGAGAGAGGGGGAAAGCAGAAAAAGAGAAUUUUGUUGAUGGCUGAAAUCAUGGUAUCAGAUCAAGAUGACUGCACUGCACUGGAGUGUGGUGCCAAUGCAGAGUGUGUUUUGCUGGAAGAUGGGGCUAUGUGCCAGUGUUUGAAAGGAUUUACCAGGAAGGGGAAAUUGUGCUAUGAUGUCGAUGAGUGUGCUGUAAAUAUGGACCACUGCAACCGAAAUGUGUCGGGCUGUAUCAACACAGAAGGGGGCUAUGUCUGUAAAUGCCUGGAAGGCUACACUGGAGAUGGAGUCCAUUGCUAUGAUAUUGAUGAGUGCAAGAUGGGGUCCCACACCUGUGGAGAGAACAUAACCUGUACAAAUACAGAAGGAAACUUCACUUGCUCCUGUGCUGAUGGUGCUUCUGGAACUGAUGUCGCUUGCAAAUCUACUGUGCCCCCCACUGUUGUCAGCACUGAGCACUCCACACACCCUGUGCAAGGUGAUUCAGGAGGAUGCCCUCCUUCCUACGAGUCCUACUGCCUCCACGGGGGAGUCUGCAAUUAUGUUGCUGACCUAGAGGACUAUGCCUGCAACUGUGUGAUGGGCUACGUUGGGGAGAGGUGCCAGUUCAGUGACCUGGAGUGGUGGGAGCAGCAGCACGCCGAGAGGGUGAAGAUGCAGAACGUGGUGAUUGCAGUGUGCAUAGCAGCACUGCUCCUCCUGCUACUUCUGGGCUUCCUGCUCACCUACUGUCACAGAAGUCAAAACUUGUAUAAGAAGAAUCUCUAUGCUGAAGUGGUAGGAGAUGGCAGCAGCCGUGCUGACAGUGAGAACGUGACACCUACCAGCAACAAGUCUCGGUUUGUGGCUGUUCAGGAGUGCAGCAGAUCUCUGGAGACUCAAGGGGUUGAUCUAAUUGAGUGUGAGACAACAGAUCCUCAUCCUGCCUGUCCUUCAGAAUAUGUGGAAGAGCAGCCUGUAACAUACAACAAAGCAGAAGAGGAGCAAGAGCAAGGCUGUCAACUAGAGGUUCCUGCUGGUGAGAGAUUGUCCCAGACCACUGGAGUGGCAAAGGGUCCUCCUCAGGUUCCCUGGAGCAUCCAUCCCAAGCCCCUGCUGGAAAGGGAGCCCUGUGAGCUUGUCCCAGCCAACCUACUGAUGCAGCCAGACUAGAAGCAGCCUGCGUUUGAGUAGGAAAAAGAGGAAGGAUGAAGUCAGUAGAGAAUGGGAACUCAUGAAAAACUGAAGCCACCCUCAUUUUUUUCAUUAAAAAACUCCUCAAGAAAAAACAAAAACAAACCCAACACAAAUCAAAACAGAACAGAGAAGUCCUUGCCACUUCUGUGUCAUCUUGGCUUGGAAGGAUUACUGUGAGUAAUGUGUUAGCAAUGAGUACUCUCUAAGUGUCACUUUUAAGGGUCACCCUUGCUAGCUUCAUUCACUGCCUGCUAAAAGGACAUUGAGGGGAAACCUGGUUAGUGGGGGAUUUGUCAGAGAGAAGUAUUUUCUAAUGGUGUUCACUUCAAGUAGUGGUCCUCAUGCACACACACACAGCAGAGACCAGAAAACUGCCCAGGAAAUGGGCCACGAGCACAACUGUGGAGAAACUGGAAUGGAAGAUGAUGCAGAAAAAUGAGUUAAAACUGAAUCUUUUUGUUAAAAUGUUGUUCAUGGACACUUUAAGCCUCUUCUCAGUGAUGCUAUUAGGGCAGUGUAACUUCUGGGACUUCACCAGAGAUGUUCUUGUAUUUGCUUCAGAAAUGAGCACCAAGUGGGGUCCUGCUUUUCUCAGGUUUGGGGGGGCUGGAGGGUUGUUUAUGAGCACAUGGAAAUAGUGAUUGUUGUGGCUGUGAAGUGAGAGGUAAUAUUUGAGGAGAAAGGCAAUUAUUCCAUUAAAUUUUCUGGUCUUCAGAGCACUCCAGGAUUGUUUCUGAACUAGGCAGUGGUCUUCUUUCAGCCCUAUGAGGAAGCUGUACUGAAGUGUGGCUGACAGCAAAACCUGGUCCAUUUUACAGGACUCAGUGUGGGGAAGGAGGUCCAGCCAGUUCCUGCUCCAAAAGUACAGGAGAAUUGGGACAAACAAAAAAAACCCACCUCAGUGUGGACUGCCUUCCAUGUGACUGAGUUGUGCUGCCUGAUAAAAUCCAUGGGAUCAAUUGGAAAAAAAUAUUUCCUGUAACUGACUUUCUAAUAUCUAUAGUUCCCUUCUAGUUAUUUACUAAGAACUAACUCCUUACACAGCUGUGUUCUAUACAGAGUUGUAGCUUAGUUGUUUAUCACCUCAAGUGAUUUUCACCACUGGUCUUGACUCCCUAAGGCUGUUUUCAGAAGGUUUUGGAAUUGGUUUUAUCCAUAGAAAUUCACCUGAUGUUUUUUGCUGUUCCAGAAUGACAACUUGAUUACCUUGCAGAGAUAAUUAUUGGGUUUUGGAAUACCUGCAAGGAAAGAAAAGAGAAAAUGAGAUCUUGUUCUUAAUACAGAGCAAAAGUGUUUGAAAAAUUACCCAGAAACUUCCUUUCUUUUCUGACACCUCUUACAAUAGAAACUUUGUGUGUAGGUCUUGGUCUGAUAAAAUACACACUGGUAUGGAGUUCAGUGUGCUCCAGCUAUACUUCUGCAAGUCAAAAUUCACUGUGAGGGUGGUGAAACACUGCCACGGGCUGCCCAAGGAAGUUGUGGCUGCCCCAUCCCUAGAAGUGUUCUCUGAAAUCUAUAAAUCAGCUAAAACUAAUAAAGUUUUAAUUGUAGGGGAUCUCUCAGUCCUCUUUGAAGCCUACUGCUCUAACUAUUGGACACUUUCUUUAAAUUCCACUACAAUGCCUACCACUAAUGUUCCUUGUAAUUCAUUAGCUGGCAAAUAUUAGUAAUUUGAGUGCUUACAUCCUGAUUUUUGGAUUUUUUUCUAGAAUCCUGCCAGGAAGGUAUGGCAUGAAGUCAUUUGGUUACCAGGUCUGUAGAGCAAUGAUGGCAAAGAGUACAGAAAGAUUCUUACUUCUCUUCCAAAACAGUUAUACACUAAAGUAAUUUUGUGGAACCAGUUCUGAUUUGAUGUAGUCCAAGGUGUCUGAAUGACAAUAAACAUGAUGCUCUGUUUUGUAGAGAGUUGUCACUUAUCUGUUUAUCUGCUGGUUUUUGAUAUUGGCUUUGAAUUGCUGGGUCUGUUUUCUAAUCACAUCAGUUCUAAAUUCAGAAUAAAUUUGUAAAAUAGGUGUUUCCAGAGAUCUGUUGGAACCAGUAGCAAUGAAGACAUUCUCUUGUGUGAAUGGCAGCAAGGGUGCUUCCAAGGAAAAAAAGUAGCUGAGGAGAGCUGGCAUUCUAAACUGUGUCCAGGAGAGGGCAAGUACUGAGCUGAACCAUCAUGGUUUGGUAGACUCUAUUUUAAGUUCAUUAUAGUUUAAUUUCAUUAACAUUGUGAAAAGCAUGUAGCUUGGAUUCCCUGGUCUUUCACAGAUGGUCACUGAUCUUGUGUCUUUUGAUGGGAAGAGGGUUCAGCUUUAAAGGCCCUGAUCAGUAAAGCAUCUUAUUUCCAUGAGAGCUGGACAGUAAAAUUACUUCAGUCCCUACACUUUGAUUAUCUCUGGUGAAAUAUGUUUGUGUGCUGAAAAUGGAAGUGUUGUGUUGAAUGACAGCCAACAUUUAAUUGGAGCUUUCCCCAUUCAAAGGAAAUAAAGAUUUGUAAUUAUGAAUCUUGCCUGAACAACGAUGUUUCAGACUCCUUACAAAUUGGUUCCCUAUUCUAUCCUGUGCAUUCUUUACUUUGCUUUCCUUCAAUCUAAGGAUCUCUUUUUAAAUUUGAUUGUGCUCUUUACAGAAUAAGAUAGAAAAAGCAAGAUGAUGUGUUUUUGUGAUUAGGGUAUUUUGAGUUUUAAGUGUUUCCUAGGCUCUACUCUAAACUCAAAAUAAUUUUUAGUGUAAAACCUUGAGACAUUUCAAUGCAAAUAUAAUAUAUUUGAUUCAUUUGUAUGUUUAUAAAGCUAUUGGUUUAUAAAAUAAAAUAAAAA